AUGGCGGGCGUCGCUACAGCAGCAUAUUCUGCAGAUGGCUUAGCAUCGCCCGUGGAUGGCUCGCAAUGGGAGUUUGCGGUGCCGCUUACGAGCGAGGAGAGCCACCUAUCGAAACAACGCAACUCACACGACUCGAAUUCCAUCCGCGCAAAAUUUUCUCGACAGCGUAACUCGAACGGCUCACGCAGCUCUUCGGUCUCCCGUACCAUCCAUGCGCACGAAUCGCCCUAUUUAGCCUCAAACCGAGGACGGAGGGAACCCAGUCUCAACCGACAUGGGAGUGAAUUAGGUAGUAUGCGAGAUGCCUUUGGUCACGAGGCAGUCGGCCGUAAAGAGCCCGAGGAUGGCAAUGAUGGUCUUAAAUUGUACCUGGACGGAAAAACGAAUCAGGAAAAAUGGAUCCACCGAGACAAGCUGGCAAAGAUCGAGAGUGAGGAGCUCCACCAGGCGGCCAUCCUCUUCCAGCGACGGAUGAGAGGAGAAAGCAAAUCAAGCGCGGGACGUGGGAGAAGCCAUGAUUCACAGCCUAGUGGGACUGGUACGGCUACCUCACCUACUACAGAAUACUCCGAACCAUGGCCGAAACUGAGAGAAGAACCUGUCAAGCAGGAUGUGAAUGACAAUCAAGGUGACUAUGAACGGGAACAUUGGGAUCUCCGCCGACCAGAGGAGAUUGCUGCGGACGAUGCGGCCGCCAGCAUCUACAGCCAUCCAAGCCUUGGAAAAAGUGCGUCCCGAAUACCCGUCUCUACAGUUAGUCCAGUUCCCAUAUCCUUGGGUCGCGAUUCUCGCAGUUCACGGAGCCGUGCCGCAACAGAUGAAGACGACCGGUCUUCACGGAGCCGCAGAGCUAGUGAGCCUAUCAACAUUGAGCCGGAUGCUUCGACCCCUUCUCCAGAAAGUCGACCAGACAGCCGCGGAUUCAGCGGUCCACAAAACCCCCCGGGCAAGAAGAUAGUUAAGAACGCCAGCUCCACCACCAGAAAGACCUCUGCUCCACCCGCGAACAGGAAGGCGAGCGCUCCCCGAUCUCGUGCUGUAUCUGGUAACAACACACAACGCCCUACCACCCGGUCAGGUGAAAGUCGUCCUCCUACAGCCGCUAACCGGCCCGAAGGAGACCCGCCGUGGUUGGCAACCAUGUAUAAGCCCGACCCUCGCCUUCCACCAGACCAACAGAUGAUCCCGACUGUCGCCAAAAAGAUCAUGCAGGAACAGUGGGAAAAGGAAGGCAGGACACCGAACACAUACGACCGUCACUUCGCGCCCCUCGCAGUGCACCCAUUCGACGCACCACCUCCUGUGGCCCCCAAGGUCGAACCAGAAGAGCAGCCAGUCGAAUCUGAGCCUCUGCAACUCGAAGAGUUGCCGCCUCAGUCGCCUCAGUCGCCUCAGUCGCCAAAGAGCCCAGAACCACCCCGCCCGAAUACCAGUACCGGAUACAGCACCAUGCCAAAGGUGCAGGACACCCCCCCAAUGGGAUUGCCACCCAACCCCAACCCCAACUGGAACCCUCCAGUUGUCACCGCGCAGCAGCCACCAAAGAAAGAGAAGAGCUGCGGAUGCUGUAUUGUUAUGUGA